UGACAGUGGAUGCUUAUUACAUCCAUGUGUGUUUAAUUAGAAGCCUGCCCCUCAAGCCGCAUGCUAUAACUAUUUUUAAAGCUUUUCAAAAAUGUUAAAUAGGAACCUUGUCAGAUGAUCCAGCCCUUCUAGUCCUAGGUAUUUAACCAAGAGAAAGGAAGGCAUACCUCCACAGAUACCUAUAUAUGAAUGUUUUACACCAUUUUAUACAUCAGCUUUGCUUGUAAUAGCCUCAAGCUACAAACAACCCAGUUUCCAUCCGUAAGUGAAUAAACCAUCUGUACCAUGGAAUACUACUCAGCAGUAAAAAGGAAUGAACUGUUGAUACAUGCAACAACAUAGAGGAAUGUCAAACUAUGCCGAGUGAGAAAGCCAGGCCAAACAAACAAAAAAACCUAUAUUAUCAUUCUGUUUUAUAAACAUCUAGGAAAUGUAAAAAUAAUGACAGAAAACAUCAGUGGUUGCUUGGGAAUGGGGCUAGAGAGUGAGGGAGGAAUGAAUUAUAAAGGAGCGUGAGGAAAUUUGGAGGUGGUGAUGGAUCAGAUUAUCUUGAGGUCAUGGUGUGUCGAAUGUACACAGAAUUCAAAACUCAUUGGCGCCUGAGUGGCUCGGUCGGUUAAGCAUCUGACUCUUGAUUUCGGCUCAGGUCAUGAUCUCAGAGUCAAGGGAUCAAGAUCCAUGCUGAGUGUGGAUCCUGCUUGGGAUGCUCUCCCUCCUUCUCUCCCUCCCCUGCACACAUUCUCUCUUCCUCUCUCCAAAAAUAAAAAAGAAUUCAAAAAUUCAAAACUCCUCAAGUUGUACACUUGGUCAAGUUGUGUAUCAACUUGUAUGUCAGUCAUACCUCAACAGAGCUGUGGAAAAAGUUAAGUGUGAUGGUUACCUGGGAAAAGCAGAGGGACAGGUAGGGGAGGAACCCAUUUUUAACAAUGCUUGUUGGUGGUCAUCAUACUGUUACAUAAACAAAAAACUAAGAUGUCCAAUUUGGAAGAGAGAAUGAGAUUUCCGAUGCUGUCCACAGCACCAGCACCUCCUGCAGGUGGCAUUUGUGAAGCUGGCCCCCUGCGCCUGGCUUAGCUGAGGGCAUGUGGAAGAGACUCUAGCUUGUUCUGCCUCUCUUCUGGGCCCAUUGAGCAGUGCCUUACAUUUCCUUUCAAAAAACUUGUUGUGGCCCAAACUGCACUUAACGUUUGUCACACCGUGGGUUACAUGUCAUUCAUAAAAAGCUGAGACUUAGAUUGAUACUUCCAAACUGGCACAUCCUUUAAAUGCACAUCUAGAUAUAUUUAGCGUGCUUUCCACUCCCUAGAUUUAUUCCAGUCAAACCCAAUUUAGUAGUAAAAACCCAGGAGGAAUUCUUUUGAACUUCCUGAUUGGCUACAUUGUUGCCUCUUUGUCUUUCUGCAGAUCUGAUUUGUAUCCACUGUGAUCAACACUCUGAAUUAGGACUUUCCAGAUCCUGACCCAGGACUGCAGAGUAACCAGAUUCCGCACAAGAAGAACACUGACUUUGGAUUCCUUGGUGGAGGAACACAAAACCCUCUGGUCUUGCUGCCAACGAUGCAAGUGUGAUUGCUGGCAUCUUCAUGGGCUCCAGAGGUCACAGCACGCUCCCACGGACUCUCAUGGCCCCUCGGAUGAUUUCUGAGGGAGACAUAGGAGGCAUCGCUCAAAUUACCUCCUCUCUCUUCCUGGGCAGAGGCAGUGUGGCCUCCAACCGGCACCUCCUCCAAGCUCGUGGCAUCACCUGCAUCGUUAAUGCUACCAUUGAGAUCCCCAAUUUCAACUGGCCCCAAUUUGAAUAUGUUAAAGUGCCUCUGGCUGACAUGCCCCAUGCCCCCAUUGGACUGUACUUUGACACUGUGGCCGACAAGAUCCACAGUGUGAGCAGGAAGCAUGGGGCCACGUUGGUGCACUGUGCCGCAGGGGUGAGCCGCUCGGCCACUCUCUGCAUCGCUUACCUGAUGAAAUUCCACAGUGUGUGCCUGCUGGAGGCGUACAACUGGGUGAAAGCCCGUAGGCCUGUCAUCAGGCCCAACGUAGGUUUCUGGAGGCAGCUGAUAGACUACGAGCGCCAGCUCUUUGGGAAGUCGACAGUUAAAAUGGUACAGACACCUUAUGGCAUAGUUCCAGACGUUUAUGAGAAAGAGUCCCGACACCUGAUGCCUUACUGGGGGAUAUAAUGCCACCAAAGCCUGCAUCAGCAGCCCCUUGAGCAGUACCAGCAUCUGCUACACACCGUCUGUUCCCCUCUUCACCUUUCUUUUCAAAUGGUUGACUCCUGGCUCUCCCUGAAGUGUUUUUUACACUGGGUGUUCAGGUUUAUUUUAAAAGAUGGAGGGGGGGGGGAACAUAAGGGGAAUGCAUACAUUGCUAGUAACAUUUUUAAAACUAACAUUUUGGAAUAGUGUUUAUGAAAAUCUUUAACUGGCUUUUAAUCAUUUUUAACAAUUUGAACAGUUUAAUAAACUGUUUGGUUCUGCUAUAUUCUGAAUCCCAUGCCUUUAGGCAUCAUGGCAGGUGCCAGAGGAGCUCAGUGCAAAAAUCACUUUGGGUCCUGAUUAACCCUUUAGAGACAAGCUUUGCCCAAGGCUGCUGACCACACAAAUGCUUAGGGAAGAUUGAUACCAGCUUCAGUCUCUACUGGAUUAGCCCUACUCUUUCCUUUCCUAUUUAGUGACUCUGUAAGUUAAAAAACAAAAACAAAAAAAACACCUUUGUUAUCUGGUUGUUAAGUAAUUAUAAUGAAAUCUGCUGCAAACACCCUCUUGGAAUCAUUGUGCCCCAGGACUAUAUUAGCGUUAUUUUUAAUAAAUAUAUCUGCAUAACCUAUUAGAAUUUUUACUAAGA